UCUACCCUCGAGUUUGGGGAAAUGAGUCACUCAGGGUUUUUUGUUUUUUUUUUCUUCUUCUUCUUUUCUUUUGUCAAGAAGCUUCAUGUGGGUAAGGGAGAGCUGGUAUGUCACAGGAAGUCACAUACCCUUCAAAGUACCUGUGCUGCUUCAGGGAUCCUGGCAUUGCCUCACAGACUGUCCUCAGGACCACUUUCAAAAGAGCAAGGCAUCUCCUCAUUUGUUGUUCUGCUUGUUGUAUCCAGAGCCUGUAGAUUCCAAAGAUGAACCCCACAGAUGUGGCAGACACCACACAGGAUGAAAACGCAUACAACAAUUACUACCUCUACGAAAGCAUGCCCAAGCCUUGCACCAAGGAAGGCAUCAAGGCAUUUGGGGAGCUCUUUCUGCCUCCUCUUUAUUCCUUGGUUUUUCUGUUGGGUCUGUUUGGGAAUUCCGUUGUGGUUCUGGUGCUCUUCAAAUACAAGAGGCUCAAGUCCAUGACCGACGUGUACCUGCUGAACCUCGCCAUCUCUGAUCUGCUGUUUGUACUUUCUCUCCCGUUCUGGGCCUACUAUGCUGCAGACCAGUGGGUCUUUGGACUAGGUCUGUGCAAGAUUGUGUCAUGGAUGUACUUGGUGGGCUUUUACAGUGGGAUCUUCUUCAUCAUGCUCAUGAGCAUAGAUAGAUACCUGGCCAUCGUGCAUGCAGUGUUUUCCUUGAAAGCGAGGACUCUGACCUAUGGAGUCAUCACCAGCUUGGUCACGUGGUCAGUGGCUGUAUUCGCCUCCCUCCCAGGCCUCCUGUUCAGCACUUGCUACACAGAGCACAACCACACGUACUGCAAAACCAAGUACUCAGUCAACUCGACGACAUGGAAAGUCCUCAGCUCCCUGGAGAUCAACGUCCUGGGGCUGCUCAUCCCCCUGGGGAUCAUGCUGUUUUGUUAUUCCAUGAUCAUCAGGACCCUGCAACACUGUAAGAACGAGAAGAAGAGCAGGGCGGUCAGGAUGAUAUUCGCCGUGGUGGUCCUCUUCCUGGGCUUCUGGACGCCCUACAACGUGGUGCUUUUCCUGGAGACCCUGGUAGAGCUUGAAGUCCUUCAGGACUGCACCUUGGAGAGGUACCUAGACUACGCCAUCCAGGCCACAGAAACUCUGGCCUUUGUUCACUGCUGCCUCAAUCCUGUCAUUUACUUCUUUCUCGGGGAGAAAUUCCGAAAGUACAUCGCCCAGCUCUUCAGGACGUGCCGGGGUCCUCUUGUGCUCUGCCAAUACUGCGACUUCCUUCAGAUCUACUCAGCCGACACCCCCAGCUCCUCUUACACGCAGUCCACUGUGGAUCAUGACCUCCGAGACGCUUUGUAACCCUUGAACAGGGGUCAUGUGGCCUUAACAAGCUCCCCACACCCCACACUUGCUCACCUUGUUUUCAGUAAGGGUCCCCUGAGCAGGUGUCUGGGGAAGACAAACAAAAAUCACAGAAAGACGGCUUCUCACCCUGCAGCUCACUCUUUCUCUUUCCGUAGACAACUGCAGUCUGAAAUGUGAUCAGCUGGGCUGCGUUCGUCACACACCAGGUCUGUCUACAGGGAGAGAGGAACCAGGGGAGGCCUGAGAACAGAGUCUCGGUGGCCUUCUAGAUUGCACUGAAGAACCUCCCCUCUUCCUAGCCUCCCCAGGGACUCUCCAGAGAGACUCAGAGCCCUGAUGGGUGGAGGGAAUCAACCCUUUGCCAUGGAAAUGAACCUUUGAAUGAAUCUUUGGUCUUUGUGGAACUAGCUAGAAGACUUUAGCAUGCUGUCUUCCUCCUGUUUCUCUGGCAGUAUUCCAUGAAGCCUGAUGUACAGAGCAAUGAGGCUCUUAGAUCUUGAUUCUUUCAUUAUAGAGGGUUGUUGACUGAAGCCUGGCUGCAAGCGUAGGUGAGGAAGCACUCAGAGGAUCCUGUCUUCACUUGAAACAGGCAUUUAGAAGACACCUGUUGAAACCCCACACACAGCUUGGCUUGCUAAUAUAUGUUUUAAUUACAACAGGUGGUUUUUCAAGUUGGAGAAGAACUGAAUCAGGGCAGAGAAGGGUGAAAGACCUUUGUAAUCCUAGUUACUCAGUGCCUGAGUGAGACCAAAGGAUCUUAGAUUCAAGGAUUACCUAGAUAAUGCCAAAACCAAAACCAAGCAAAACCCCAAAGUUUAGCUCUGAAAGGCUCUUGUGAAUACCCUAAGUUCAUCCUUUUUUUGUGUGUGUGUGAACUGUUACUGGGCAUGGUGGCAAAUGUCUCUAAUCCCAGCACUUGGGAGGCAGAGGCAGGAGGAUCUCUGAGUUUGAGGCCAGCCUGGUUUACAUAGUGAGUUCCAGACCAGCCAGGGCUACAUACUGAGACUUUGUCGAAUGAAGGAAGGAAAGAAGGUUAAUAAAGUAUGACAAUGUCUCUUUUAAAGUGUGUCAUGUCAUCUAUUGAGAUAAAAAUAAUCAGUUAAAAGUCAUCACUGGUGGGUGUUAAAAUAGCUAUUAUGAAGUUGAGCCAGGCUGUGGUGACACAUGCCUUUAAUCCCAGCACUCAGGAGGCAGAGGCAGGAGGAUCUCUGUGAGUUUGAGACCAGCCUGGUCUGCAGAGUGAGUUCCAGGAUAGCCAUGGUUAGAACAUUAUUCUUACGAUAUUUCAGUAAUGUAUCAUGUUAUGUCAUUAAGAUAAUUUGCUGUGUCUGUUUUUA